GCGAUGAACGCUCAACCUGCACAUCCUCCAGGCGCUGCUGCUGCAGCUGCUACCGCCAGUUCUCCGGACUUCCCAGCUGAGCACGAGACGUCGGAGGAUGUGAACUCUUCCGAGUACCGCCUCAGUGACGCCUACAUCGCCGGAAUGCCAGCAAAGCGCCGAAAGGUUCGUGAAUAG